GACCCCACGGGUCCGCUGGGCCGACAGCUGACGUGGCGGCCUCUGUUUGCUACCACGCUAAUACAGUGUUUCAUGCGGCGCCACCAUCUUCCCCUCCGCCAUGAGAUUGGGACGACACGAGACAGGACGAGGCCCCACACACACUCUGCCAAAAGCUGAAGAAUCUUCAACUUUCCCCCCCUGCUCUCUCCUGCUGCUGCCGAACUCCAUCCGGGCCUUCAUCUUUUCUUCCUCGAUCCUCCCUCCUUCCCUCCCUCUGCGAUCGCCGGUUCGGGAGGUGGAGUUUGAUUCCUGAUCGAAAACCGUUUGAAUUUUUGUUUUGGUGGUGCUUUGCGGGUUGAUUCGGCUAUCUGAGGUCUUUGGAUCGGAUGGCGAUGGAGGACGACGCAGAGAGCUGCGGCAGCCGGCCGGCGGACUCGCACGCGCCCCAGCAGCAGAAGCCUCUGGAGCAGCAGAAGCUCGAAGUCUAUAGCGAGGUGCUCCGCCGGCUGCUGGAGUCCCGCUGCGAGGAGGCCCUCCUCCUUGGCUUCGACGAUCAGCUCUGGGCCCACUUCAAUCGCCUCCCUGCUCGAUACGCGCUGGAUGUUAAUGCGGAGAGAGCAGAAGAUGUCCUCAUGCACAAAAGACUGCUCAAGUUGGCUGAAAUCCCAGCUAAUCGACCCGCUUUUGAUGUCCGCCUCGUCCAGGUUAAUUCUAAUAUCAGUGGAAACUCAGUUGAUUCAAGCAAUUCAGAUUCGCCCAUGAGUGAAAAUGCUCAGACUCUCUUAAAUUACUCAAGUAGACAGGGAGUUCACCUACCACCUACGUUUGGUUCAGCAGCUAGUCUGGAAGGACAUGAUGCACAAGCUGACAGACAUACUGUUGAAGAUGGAGAUAGUGUCGUGCAUUCGUUGUUACAAUUUUCACGGCCCAUGCAUGAGAUUACCUUCUCUACUCUUGAUAAGCCAAAACUCCUCAGUCAGCUGACGGCUUUACUUGCUGAAAUUGAUCUCAAUAUACAAGAAGCUCAUGCCUUUUCCACCGUCGAUGGGUUCUCUCUUGAUGUCUUUGUCGUUGAUGGCUGGAAAUCAGAGGAAACCGUGGAACUAAGGAAAGCGCUGGAGAAUGAAAUACUAAAAUUGAAGGAUCAGUGUCAGUCCAAGCAGCUGACACUUGCAUCUGUAGGUGAAGAAGACCAAACAGGAACUGAAUUUGUCCCUAUUGAAAUUCCUAAAGACGGAUCUGAUGUCUGGGAAAUUGACACCAAGCAGCUGAGGAUUGGUGAAAAAGUUGCAUCUGGAUCCUUUGGGGAUCUUUAUAAAGGCACAUACUGUAGCCAAGAAGUGGCUAUCAAAAUCCUGAAGGGAAAUGUCAGUGCAGAAAUGCUGAAAGACUUCGCUCAGGAAAUCUAUAUAAUGAGGAAAAUCCGGCACAAAAAUGUUGUUCAAUUCAUUGGAGCAUGUACGCGACCACCAAGGCUGUGCAUUGUGACAGAGUUCAUGUCUAGGGGAAGUGUAUAUGAUUUUCUGCAUAAACAAAAAGGUGUUUUUAAGCUGCCUGCUCUCCUCAAAGUGGCAAUCGAUGUUUCCAAGGGAAUGAACUAUCUCCACCAGAAUAAUAUAAUACACCGGGAUUUGAAAUCUGCCAAUCUGCUGAUGGAUGAAAAUGAGGUUGUCAAGGUUGCAGAUUUUGGGGUUGCCCGAGUGAUCACAGCUGAAAGUGGGGUCAUGACUGCUGAAACCGGAACCUACCGAUGGAUGGCUCCCGAGGUCAUUGGACACAAAAAAUACGAUCACAAGGCGGAUGUCUUCAGCUUUGGUGUUCUCCUGUGGGAGCUUUUAACUGGCGAACUUCCUUAUGCUUACUUGACGCCAUUGCAAGCGGCUGUCGGUGUGGUUCAAAAGGGUCUGAGGCCUACAAUCCCAAAGCACACCAACCCAAAGCUCGCUGAGCUCCUUCAAAGGUGCUGGCAGCGGGACACAAAGCUCCGACCCGACUUCGGUGAGAUCUUGGAAAUCCUUCAGCAGAUCACAAGAGAGGUUGAAGAAGGGGGAGAAGAUCGGCACAAGGAUAAGUCUUCAGGCAGAGGAUUGUUUUCGGCAUUAAAGAGGAUCCAUCACUGAGGUUGGAAGCUGUAAAUACUCUUAACCUUACAAUAGGCGCCCUGAGACGAAACCGAAGUCCUUACUUCAUCUGUACAGUAAUUUUCUAUCGUAAUUAAGUGAACUUGCAAUCGGGUUUCCAUCUAUCUGUUUCCAUGUAUCUUUCCUUUAAUUGUAUUUGUUCCGGCGCACUUCGAUGGAAGUUGUCAAUUCGAUGAUUCAAUAAAUUAUGUGUUUUGGUUUUCA